AUGAAGUACGUCUUAGUAUCCGGUGGUGUUAUUAGUGGCAUCGGCAAGGGUGUUAUCGCCUCUUCUACUGGUCUUCUUUUGAAGACCUUGGGUUUAAAAGUUACCAGUAUUAAAAUUGAUCCUUACAUGAACAUCGAUGCUGGUACCAUGUCUCCUUUGGAACAUGGAGAGGUCUUCGUUUUGAACGACGGUGGCGAAGUUGAUUUGGAUCUCGGAAACUAUGAGCGUUAUUUGAACGUUACUCUUACCCGCGAUAACAACAUCACUACAGGCAAAGUUUAUUCUCGUGUAAUUGAGAAGGAGCGUCGUGGUGAUUACUUGGGAAAAACCGUUCAAAUUGUCCCUCAUGUUACCAACGAGAUUCAAGAUUGGAUCGAGCGUGUCGCUCGAAUUCCCGUUGACGAGACAGGUGAGGAGCCCGAUGUUUGUAUAAUUGAGCUUGGUGGUACGGUUGGCGAUAUCGAGUCCGCACCUUUCGUUGAAGCCAUGCGUCAAUUUCAGUUCCGUGUUGGUCAUGAAAACUUCGUGUCUAUUCAUGUUUCUUUGGUGCCCGUUAUCAACGGUGAACAAAAAACGAAGCCUACUCAACAAGCCAUCCGUGAUUUGCGUAGCUUGGGCAUUUCACCCGACCUUAUUGCCUGCCGUUCCAUCCGCAACAAUACCGCUCGAGUCCAGGCUGGUGCUUCCAUGUGGGCCUCUUGGAAGCAACUUACUUCUGGUCAUGAUCGUCUGUUCAAAAAGGUCUCAAUUGUGCUUGUGGGCAAGUACACACAUCUUCAAGAUUCUUACAUUUCCGUCAUUAAGUCUCUUGAGCAUUCGGCCAUGAGAUGUGGCCGUAAGCUCGACUUGCAAUGGGUCGAGGCCGCGGACUUAGAAAACGAAACGAAUAAUACCGAUCCUCUUCGGUAUCACAAGGCUUGGCAUUUGGUGUGUUCGGCUGAUGGCAUUCUUGUUCCAGGAGGUUUUGGCACUCGUGGCAUUGAAGGAAUGAUUGCCGCUGCCAAGUGGGCCCGUGAAAACAAUACCCCCUAUCUCGGUAUCUGCUUGGGUCUCCAAGUUGCUGUUAUUGAGUAUGCACGCAAUGUUUGCGGUAUUGAAGAAGCUACAUCUUCCGAGUUUGACCCUGAUGCCAAGGAGCCUGUUGUUAUUUACAUGCCCGAAAUUAGUAAGGACAAGUUGGGAGGCACUAUGCGUUUGGGUCUUCGUCCUACUGUUUUCCAGGCUGGCUCUGAAUGGAGUAAGCUCCGUAAGCUGUAUGGUAAUCGUGCUGAAGUUCUCGAACGUCAUCGUCACCGUUACGAAGUUAACCCAGAAUACAUUGAACGUAUUCAAACCGCCGGUCUUACCUUUAUUGGUAAGGAUGAUCGCGGAGAGCGUAUGGAGAUUAUUGAAAAGAAGGAUCACCCCUAUUAUGUCGGUGUUCAGUAUCAUCCUGAAUACCUUUCCAAGCCUCUUAACCCCUCGGUUCCUCUUUUUGGUCUUGUGGCUGCUAGUGCCGGUGUACUGGACCGGUUCCUUGAAUCUGGUGAGCCUGUUCACUGGGAGAGCAGCUCUAUCUUUAACCCUGAUACCCCGCUUUCGGAUUUUACAGACACGGUCGUUGUCAAUUCUGCAAGCGCCUAA